AUGUGGUGUUACGACGAGGUGCCUUCUGCGACACAUCGGGUGACCGACUGUGACCCCGUAUUCCAGUCAACUGUUGCCGGUUACGUCCCUCACCAAUUCCUCGCUUAUCAACUGCCAACGAAAUCUCUUACGGAUAGCAGAGUUGACUGGCAAAUCUUUUGUACAUACCUACAUACCACCGGAUCUCGUGGGACAAAUGUGCUGGAGGGCGGGUUCUCGUCGAGUGUUCGCGGCAAGGUGGCUGUAUUCUAUCUUCUAAUGCUACUGAUACCUACUCGUUUGAAGCAAUCAACAAUAAUCAUCUACUCGAAAUCUCAUUCCAGAAACAAACUACAGCAUGAUGAAACCCUUAACCUGAAGAGGCGCCUACUGAUUUCAUGUCUAUUAUGGCAGUUACUUUUACAUGUAUAUCCCAUCUCUAAGAUUUCAGGAAUGCGUGCCGUAGAAUACUCAUACAUGCCAUGA